AUGAACAGAAAAAGGCAUUUGGGAUUGCAGCAACUUUCCUCUUUGGCAUCUGUUGUAAAGACCUUUUUAGGACCAAUUAAAUCAUCCAAAUUUAUUGUUGAUAAAAGAACUUAUGGCAGUGUGUUGAUUUGCUCUGUAGUGAGACUUCUUGAAAGCUUAGAUUCAAAUAAUACAGUGGGACAACUUCUUAAUGACACCAUUCAGGCACAGAACAAGGAGUAUAAAACUGGAACAACCACCCUGUUGUUUCUUGUUAGUGCAUGGAGCAGUGCGGUACUUGAGUGCCUUGAGCAGGGUGUUCCCCUUUCAAUAAUAGUAACUCUGAUGUCUGAAGGUCUCAAUUCUUGCAUUGAACAAGUUCAGUGCCUAACAAUAUCGAUACAGGAUGUGACGCAAAAGCUAGAUGAUAUUCCUAUGAAAUGCAACAAAAAAGUCCUCAUUAGGAUCUGUUUUGGCACAACUGGAAGGCAGAUAAUUGAAACUAAAACUUUGGGGAUGUCUGAAAGUUAUUCUUGUGUUUGUCCUGGGUAUGUCAUGUCGUUAUGUCCAGAGAAAGCUGCUAUUGCUAAGCAGCUUCAGGAUAGACCUCUUGAUAUAGUUCUUAUAGCUGGCGACCUAACAGAUACAUAUCGCCAUUUGGGAUUUAACAGGUCACAAAAUGUGAGAAUGGUCUUAGAAAGUGGGAAUAAGCGAAUAGCUCAGUUUAGAGGAAAAAUGCUGGUAACAUAUGUGCAAGGUAACAUAUGUGAAAGUUUAGAGGAAAAAUGCUUCCUACAUAACAUACUGAUAAUUAAUCAGGUAACCCAUGCUGUAUUACAAGCUUUUAGCAAUAUUACAGGAGCAGAAAUAGUGACCUACCUUGCUCAGGUGAAUGAACAUUGUGUUGGCAAGGAUGUCUAUUUAAACUACUGGGGAACUGGAGAGUCAAGUUGGAGGGAACUGGAUAGCAGAGUUCCGAUUGUUAUAACAGCAAAAGGAAUUCACCUGGUAACAGUGGUGCUUAGCAGUCCAAUAUUGUCCAAGAUGCAAGCCACUGAAGAUAACUUUUGGACUUGUGCUUAUUGUGUGCAUCAUGCUCUUCUUGAUAAUGCAGUAUUUCCUGGAAGUGGUGUUGUUGAGUUGCUGUGUCUCAGUUACCUUGAGAAAUUGGGGAAAGAGGUCAAAAGUUCCACAAAAGAAUUUCAUACUGAUAACCAGAAAUGA